UAUUUGUUGUCCCAGGAGUUGAGGUGUUGUUUAAACGAAGCCAUAGAGAUUUUGACAAAAUACACUUUUUGUCUUUUCCUGCUGUGCGAGACGUCAUAGAUCUAACUCCAGAAGAAGAAGAAGAAGAUGAGUGACGAAACGGCGUCGUCUCCGUCUCUAUCUCCGGCGAAGAAGAAGCAGAGUUUGGGAUGGAUGGAGUGGAUGAGAGGAUGGAGCAGUGUUUUCGGGGAGAUUCUCUUCCAGAGGAUUACGGCUUCUCAUUUGGAGAACCCUCUACCUCUUCCUUCCGUCAACGACCUCACUUGCGUUGUCACUGGCUCCACCAGCGGCAUUGGUCGCGAGACCGCUAGGCAGCUUGCUGAAGCUGGUGCUCAUGUUGUGAUGGCCGUGAGGAACACAAAGGCAGCUCAGGAGCUGAUACAACAAUGGCAGAACGAGUGGUCUGGUAAAGGUCUACCACUUAAUAUCGAGGCAAUGGAAGUUGAUCUUCUAUCACUAGAUUCUGUCGUGAGAUUUGCCGAUGCUUGGAACGCCCGGUUAGGACCUUUGCAUGUUCUGAUUAACAAUGCCGGCGUGUUUGCUAUGGGAGAGGCGCAAAAAUUCUCAGAGGAUGGAUACGAGCAACACAUGCAAGUGAAUCAUUUAGCUCCAGCCCUACUUUCAGUGCUUCUUUUGCCGUCUCUGAUCCGAGGCUCUCCUAGCCGAAUCAUCAAUGUGAAUUCCGUUGUAAGUUUUAUCAUCACUGACACUGCUGGCUCUAAGUCUCUGUUCUCUACUUUUCUGUUCUCGUUGAUGCAUUGUGUCGGUUUUGUUGACCCGGAUGACAUGAAUGUUGUCUCUGGUAGACGUAAGUACUCAAGCCUUAUAGGAUACUCAAGCAGCAAGCUUGCCCAGAUUAUGUUUAGUAGCAUUCUAUUCAAAAAGCUCCCUCUGGAAACAGGAGUUAGCGUCGUUUGUCUAUCUCCCGGUGUUGUCCUAACAAAUGUUGCCAGGGAUCUACCCAGGUUUCUUCAAGCUCUGUACGCCAUCAUACCAUAUUUCAUAUUUUCACCCCAAGAAGGUUGUAGAAGUUCUCUAUUCUCGGCUACAGACCCUCAGAUUCCAGAGUACUGGGAAACACUAAAAACAGAUGAUUGGCCUGUUUGUCCGUUCAUCUCUCAAGAUUGCCGCCCUGCAAAUCCCUCCGAAGAAGCACACAACACAGAAACUGCACACAGAGUGUGGGAAAAGACGUUAGAGCUGGUGGGUCUUCCUCUCGAUGCAGUUGAGAAGCUCAUAGAAGGGGAAAACAUCCACCGCCGUUAUGGAGAACAACACGAAUAGUCUUUCAAACAAUUCCACAGGUUAAAGUGAGCCCUUACAGAUCAAAAGGGUAAGUAAUUGAGAAAAAUACCUUUUUUUGUGUUGAUUUACUAUACAAUGGGGAAUGAAUCCCCCAGGGAUGUGGUUUGGUUGAGAAUGUUUGAUUGUUGGAUAAAAGUCAAGCUUUUAGCUACCAUUCCAUGGCUUUACUUACAAGUCUUGUUCAAGUGUUUGGUUAAGUGUGUCUUGAGUUAUUAAGAUAUUAAGUAGUA